GGACUCAAAUUCUUUCCACAUAUAAUUUUGCUUCGGGUAAAGAAUGAGUAGGAUUUUCCCGAGUUCCCGAUUUGCACUAAAAUUUGGGUGGAACUCCAAGGCUAACCUGAGGAUAUUCCGCGCGUGUGCAAUGGACGCAGCAGGUAGGGUUUCCAAUGGCGGUGGCAGCGUAGUUCGCUUCCCAUUAUCUUCAUCGAGCGCUUUGGUCAUUCAGAAAGGAGACAUAACAAGAUGGUCAAUCGAUGGUUCCACCGACGCAAUAGUGAAUCCCGCGAAUGAGAGAAUGCUCGGUGGCGGUGGUGCCGAUGGAGCUAUACAUAGGGCCGCAGGCCCACAACUUGUUGAAGCAUGCCGCACUGUCCCUGAAGUCUGGCCCGCAGUUCGGUGCCCAACUGGAGAAGCAAGGAUCACACCUGGUUUUAUGCUGCCUGCCUCUCAUGUCAUUCACACUGUUGGUCCUAUCUACAGUGCUGAUAGUAAUCCUGCUGCCUCUCUCGCAAGUGCUUACAGGAAUACUUUGAAGGUUGCAAAAGAAAACAACAUUCGGUAUAUAGCAUUCCCAGCUAUAUCAUGUGGUGUCUAUGGAUACCCAUAUGAUGAAGCUGCUACAGUGGCAAUUUCUACCAUUAAAGAAUUUUCAAACGAGUUUAAUGAGGUCCACUUUGUUUUGUUCUCCCCUGAUAUUUAUGACAUUUGGUUAAAUAAGUUAGAUGAGUUGCUGAAAGAGUAGUGUGCCAUAACUAUUAUCAGGCCACUGAAUUGAACACACAAUCAUCUAGGAGUCCAGGAACAAAUACAGUAUCAAGGUUCAAAUGGUUGUGUAAGGGAAAGAUAUAAGCUUAAUCUCGAUGAUUAGAGCGGUGAUGGUUGCUAUUAUAUACUGUAUGAUAUAUGAAUCGGUUGUGAUUGUAAUCCCCAGCCUGCCUUAACUUUGGUUUUAAGAAAAAUCAGAACAGUUGAGUGCAUCUUUACCUUUGUAUGGGGAGGUUCAGGCUCCAUUGUGUAAUCAUGUUAACCGGGCUUGAUUUGAUAAAUUUUUCUAGAAUCA